UAUGAAUUGACUGUUACAAUAGCAUUUGUUAUAAAAUGGCGGUGUAUACCGUGACUUCUCCGUUAAUUGCCGCUCAAUCUCGAGCCGAAGAUACGGAAAACAUUGAAACAAAUGCGAAGAAAAAAUGUCUUGAGCAAGGAUUCGCAGAGCACGAUCUUUGUCCGUUCAAAUUACAAUGGUCCUUCGGGAUAAAUCCGGAAGCACCGGUCAUGAAUCUCACUACCAAAAAUCGUGCGUUAUUAGCGUACGCCUGUUCCCACGCAGUUAUGAUUUACGACUAUAGCUCAAGGAAAAUGUUACCGCUUCUAGGUCAUGUCGGUAUAUGUUUGAGUUGACCGCGAAACAAUGCUGAUUACUGGCAAAUAAUACUGA